AGGAAUAAUUAGAAAUAUACUAUUAUUCUGUUAAAAUUGAACGCGAUCAGCUAUUGAAAAACUCUAAUGACAGUCAUUUCAAUACUGCAUAAAAUUAGCCACUCACACACGACUCUCGGAAUGAACUUUGUUACCACAGACCCAUUCUGACAACGAAGUCAGAGCCACCUCCCGGCUGCUUCCACACGGAGCAACCACGGCAGCAAAACCACCGCACAAGGACUUAACGCCGGGGCUCACAAAAGAUAACGCGUCCUUCAGGUAACAAAGCCCAAACAAACCAAAAGACACAAGGAGAGUUCAUUGAAAUGUGAGAAUGGCGAAUUCUUUAAGAAGUGAAGUUAUAAAACUGUACAAAAAUCUGCUGUACCUUGGAAGAGAGUAUCCCAAAGGAGCAGACUACUUCAGAAGCCGUUUGAAAGCAGCUUUUCUAAAAAACAAAGAUGAGACAGACCCUGAAAAAAUUAAGCAACUGAUUGCCCGGGGAGAAUUUGUUAUAAAGGAGCUGGAGGCUUUGUACUUCCUGAGGAAAUACCGAGCCAUGAAGCAGCGCUACUACAGUGAUGACAAGCCCUGACUCUGCCUGUAAUCACACACCUAGGAAAGGUAACAAUAAAAGAGCUCUAACUGCAAAAAAUGAAAUGUAAAUCCUUCCUGGUCCUCUAGGACCCAAAUCGGGGAGCUGCUUCCCUGCCAGGAGUCACUUGAAGGGUUUGGGGUGUGCAGGUUAUGAGUAAUAGGUUUUCCUCUGCUGCUUUUGACCUCCUCAACCAAAACUUCACGUAUGAAACAAUUUUGCAGGAAGGAGUGCUUGCACAGCCCUGUUCUGUUUCACUUCAAUGUAAUGUGUUGAACAGAAACUCUUCUUACCCCAUACCUGUGUGUUUGGGUGUCAGUUCAAGGUGCUGUGCUUUGUUACCUAGAACAUGAACCUGAUUUGAAAAAUCUUCCACAUUGAAUGACCCAUUUCCCCUGGGAAUGAGCACCCUCUCAAAAGUGAAGUUCCCAGCCCUGGAGAGGGAGUG